CCAAUCCAAUAGAAGUAAUAUAAAAUAUGGAUUGACUGUAAAAUCCACAAAUUUACUAUCCACUAACUCCAUUUUAUGAAACUAAGUAUUCCACCAUCCUGAGAUUCAAAAUAUCCUGGUAUGCGUGCUCUCCGGUUUUAAGACAAACAAUACACAAGCCCCUUUACUUUCUAAUUCAACACUUGUCAGCAGCUUCCCUCCAGCAAGAUGACGGUGGCUCACGGGGACAAUGUUGAUGAGUUAGCUGCUCGCCCUGUCCAGAAUCAGGACCUCUACGGUCUCGAGCAAAAUCACGAAUGCUGUGAGCGGGUGGUUAUCAAUAUCUCGGGUCUUCGAUUUGAAACUCAGCUGAGGACCUUAGCACAGUUCCCUGACACUCUGCUGGGGGACCCCAAGAAGAGAAUGGGCUACUUUGAUCCCCUGAGGAAUGAAUAUUUCUUUGACAGGAACCGGCUGAGUUUUGAUGCCAUCCUAUAUUACUACCAGUCAGGAGGGCGGCUGCGCAGGCCCAUUAACGUGCCGCUGGACAUUUUUGCCGAGGAGAUACGUUUCUAUGAACUUGGAGAGGAGGCCAUGGAUAUGUUUAGAGAAGAUGAAGGUUUUAUCAAGGAAGAAGAGCGACCGCUACCAGAGAACGACUUCCAGCGGCAGAUGUGGCUACUCUUUGAGUACCCCGAGAGUUCAGGUCCAGCCCGCGUUAUUGCCAUCAUGUCUGUUAUGGUCAUCCUCAUCUCCAUUGUCAGCUUCUGUCUGGAAACACUCCCCGUCUUUAGAGAUGACAAAGAAAAUCCUGCUGGAAGGAGGCCAAAGUACACCAAUGAAACGACUCCCUAUCACACGCCAACCUUCGCUGAUCCCUUCUUCAUCGUUGAGACCCUCUGCAUCAUUUGGUUCUCCUUUGAGUUCCUGGUCAGGUUAUUUGCUUCUCCCAGCAAGCCCACCUUCUUUAGAAAUAUCAUGAACAUCAUUGACAUUGUGGCCAUAACUCCUUACUUCAUCACCCUGGGCACUGAAUUGGCUGAGCAACAGCAGCAACAGCAGCAGCAGGCAGGUAAUGAGCAGCAGCAAGGACAGCAGGCCAUGUCCUUGGCCAUCCUAAGGGUCAUCCGACUGGUCAGAGUCUUCAGAAUAUUCAAGCUAUCCAGGCACUCCAAGGGCCUACAGAUCCUGGGGCAGACUUUGAAGGCGAGCAUGAGGGAGCUGGGGCUCCUCAUCUUUUUCCUCUUCAUCGGAGUCAUCCUCUUCUCCAGCGCUGUCUACUUUGCUGAAGCCGAUGAGGCUGCCUCCUUCUUUGACAGCAUCCCCAACGCCUUUUGGUGGGCAGUGGUGUCCAUGACAACAGUGGGAUAUGGAGAUAUGUAUCCCAUAACUAUUGGGGGCAAGAUGGUGGGCUCCCUUUGUGCCAUCGCUGGGGUACUGACCAUCGCCCUCCCUGUCCCGGUCAUAGUCUCCAACUUUAACUACUUCUACCAUCGAGAGACAGAGAAUGAGGAGCAGGCCCAGUACCUGCACACUAGAAGCUGUGCCUCCAUUCCAUCCAUCACCGAUCUGAAGAAAAGUAAUAGCACGUCAAGCAUCUGCAAGUCAGAAUAUACCCAGGAAGGAAUGGGCGGACCUCGCCAUCCCCCUGAUCACAACCUUCUCAAUGACAAUUGCACUUUAUCAAAUCCCAACUUUGUGAACAUCACCAAGAUGCGGAGUGAUGUGUGAGCGCCUCAGACACUGGACUCAGCCCAGUGGCACCCUUCUUAGCGUCUCACUGUCAUUUAGUUUAUGGUUUGCUUUGUGUCUGAUGGUGUAGCUUCUAGUAUUCGUUUCAGAAUAUUAAGUAAUCACACAAUAACAAUGUCUUGUUCACCCUUCCCUAUAUUCCCAUCACAGUUCACUCGGGAAAUGUGCUAUUAAUUUUAGGGAAAACCUAAAUAAAUAGAAGAAUCCUGCAUGUGACAAUUAUAAUGAGUAUCUGCAAUUAGAGAGAACACAUUGAAUCUUUAACUGGAAUCACCUAAUUGAUAUUAUUGAUCUGAAUAUCACAUCUAAAGUAUGAAUAAUUAAUCAGUCUGCUUGUUUAUUACAUCCGAUCACUAAAGUUAAACAUGUCACACAUAAUCAAUGUUGUCUCGGUUAUUUAUUUAUUUGCCCAGGUAUUCUGUUGUCUUAUAUUUAACUCAGAAUAUCUUUCUUCUAUGGCCAGUUAGAGUUAAACAGAUGAGGAGAAAGAUUUAACCCUUAACUCACCCAAGAAGUCCAACUCUCCUUACCAUUACUGCAUUAUAUCUUUGAUAUGCUUAUCAGUAUAAUUCAGGGUCAGUUUGCCUCUAAACAACAGAUUGUAUGAAUCCUCAUAUUGAUACAUGGAAUGUAGAUGCAUAUAAUGAGAAACAGGUUUGUGACUCAUGAAAGUGAUUUCCUUUAGUGACAU